AUGAGCCCCCACCCCCCCUUCAAGCAGCUCGAAGCAACCAGGCCCCACUUCGACUCGGCCCACAUCUCAAGAAUCACCAAGACUCCCCAGCCCGACUGGCAGGUCGGCCAGGGCGCCAACACCGCCCCGCUCCCAGAUGCCCAGAUCUACCAGCCGGGCGCACCGACGAGAACCUUCAUUCCCUACCAGAACAUCGCGCCCCCGGAGAUGUACAAGCUGAUGAUCAGCUCGGUAGUCCCCAGACCGAUCGGCUUCUGCUCAUCCCUCUCCGCCGACGGCCACCCGAAUCUCGCCCCGUUCUCCUACUUCAAUGCUGCCGGCUCCAACCCUCCUGUGCUCAUGAUCUCUUUCACGGCUACUCCGGCGGGCGAGGAUAAAGACACGGCGGCCAACAUCAGAGCCACCAAGCAAUUCGUCAUCGCCAUCAUCUCUGAGCCGUUCAUCGAAGCAGCAAACUACACUGCAAUCGACUCUCCCUCCGAAGUCUCCGAAUGGCUCCUCUCUGGACUGACCCCCGAGCCAUCCGUCAUUGUCAAGCCAGCCAGGGUCCAAGAAGCCGCGGUCAACAUGGAAUGCGAGUUAGAAUAUUUGCACGAGAUGUUCGACCCGUCAGACCCCAAGAAACUAACCCAAGUAAUCGUGCUUGGUAGAAUCAAGGCCUGGCACAUCAAGAAGGACGUCUUAGUCGAUGAUACACCGAUGGUCGCCGUGGAAAAAUUGAUGCCUAUUGGCCGUCUUGGAGGGAUCUCCUAUGCCCGUACGAUCGAACGCUUCGAAUUGCCUCGACCAAUCUGGAAAGAUGAAAAGGAGAAAGACCAGGUCAAGAAAGUUUUAGCCCAGCAAGACAAGUAG